UUUCAAAAUCUAAUAUUUGGUAAUAUUGACAGACUGCCAAAGGGUUUUUGGGAAGUUGUAAAUGACAAAUAUUUAGAGAAAGAGUCAAAGUACUAUUUGUACGUUGGACAAUGAUAAAUCGCAAUUCCCAGAGGGAUCAUUAGCAAAGACAGCCACAGACAUAAUGUUAUCAUGGAAGGGAGUCGUGUGUCUGCUGUUUGGGUUAAUCAACGCCUUCUCCAACGCUCAAGGAGGCAACUGCCCUGAUGUCAAACUCUUCGAAAUCGGGGAUGUAAAUAGAGUGGCUUUCCUGCAAGGAUGUCCAGGUUUUUCUGGGUUACCUGGUGAAAAAGGGGAACCUGGACCAGAAGGGCAAAAAGGUAUUGCUGGAUUGUCUGGAUUUACUGGACCUCCUGGUAUCAAAGGUAUAAAUGGGCUUCCUGGUCUUGAUGGACUACAGGGUCUACCUGGACUCAAAGGUGACAGUGGACCCAGUGGAUUGCCUGGAGUUCAAGGUGAAAAGGGAGAUAUCGAGGAAUCAGAUUGCGUCAACGAAUCUAAAGGUCCUCAAAAUUGUCUAGAACUUCUCAACAGCGGUUUCUCUCUUACUGGUUGGUACACCAUAUACCCAGAGGAGGGGAAACCGCUGACUGUUCUAUGUGACAUGGAAACUGAUGGUGGAGGAUGGAUCGUUUUUCAGAAACGAAGUGACGGCUCUUUGGAUUUUUUCCGGGACUGGGACAGCUACAAAAAAGGGUUCGGCAGCCAAUUCAAUGAAUUUUGGCUCGGAAACAAUAACAUCCGCCGUCUAACAGCAAAGGGUUCGUUCAUUCUCCGUAUUGACCUAGCGGAUUUUGAGGGAAAUUCGACGUAUGCUACGUACAGAGACUUCUACAUUGAAAAUGAGUCUGAUAAUUAUGUUCUGCGUUACAGCAGCUAUGCUGGCGGUACUGCAGGUAAUUCCUUGGAAAUUGAAAAAAAUCAGGCAUUCUCAACGAAAGAUCGAAACAAUGACAAGUCUCCUAAAAACAUGGAAAGCUGCGCCAAUUACUUCAAAGGAGGCUGGUGGUUUGAGUCUUGCCAUUUUUCCCACCUGAACGGGGAAUACCUGAAAGGUCCCCACAAAAUCAAGGGUAAAGGAAUCAUCUGGCACUCUUUCCACGAUAGUUUCUACUCGUUAAAAGCCACCGAAAUGAAAUUCCGCCCCGAGAACUGAGAUUCAAGGAUUUCUCCUGAUUCACAAAGAGUAUUGUUGUUUUGAUUUUUACCUUCUCAAAAUGUCUUGAUAUGUACAUACCUGCCAACAUUUAAAAUGGACAAAGAGGGAAACUUUAAUUUUAGGGGUGUGACUGGGGUGUGGUAUCGUCAAAAGAUAACUACAUAUGGGAACAGCAAGUAAUUUAACAAUAAAGGAUUUGGGGAGAAUAAAGUAAAGAGAGGCAAUUUCAGGGGAACGGGUGGGUGACUACGAAGAGGGUACCCGGACAUCAGAGUGAGCUGCAUGUUGAAGGUAUCACUAGUUAUAUUUAUGACUACUUGGCUAUUAGGGAUGUCCGACUAGUGUCCAUUUAUUCUGCAAUCACUGCUUAAAUAUUUGUUUGUAAGAUUUAUUACUACGCCGUCUCCAAUA